AUGAUUCUACAUAAUUCGAUGGCUACGAGUUUAUUUCUAAUGAGUUUGUUGAUGCUUUUGCUUGACUCUAACCCCUGCACAGCUCUCUCAUGGAGGAACAAUAGUUUAGUGGAUGAUAUUGGUAUACCAUGUCCAGUUUCUCCGCAUCCAUUUACUAUGUGCAAGUCAGAGGCAGAAGCUUACGGCUAUCCAUGUGAAGAUCACAAGGUCACAACUGAAGAUGGAUAUAUUCUUAGCUUAAAAAGGAUUCCUCAUGGUCAUGAUACUGAUAACUCAACCAGGGAUCAGAAGACAAGGCAACCAAUACUGCUAUUCCACGGGCUUUUUGUGGAUGGCGUUUCUUGGCUACUGGGUACACCAGAACAAUCACUUGGCUUUAUUUUGGCAGAUGGUGGGUUUGAUGUUUGGCUAGCGAACACUCGUGGAACUAAUACCAGCCGCAAACAUACAUCGCUGUCCCCAAAAGAUCCGGCUUUCUGGGAUUGGUCGUGGGACCAAAUUGCUGAAUAUGAUCUUCCAGCCGUGCUUGAGUUUGUUUAUCACCACACAGGACGUCAAAAAGUCCACUAUAUCGGUCACUCACUGGGAACCUUGAUUAUUCUUGCAGCCUUCUCUGAGCACAAGUUACUACACUUAGUCCGAUCAGCUGUGUUGCUCUGCCCAAUUGCUUAUCUGAGCAGAACUAGAUCCGAUCUCACCCGGCUUGCUGCUCAAAUGUUCCUGGCAGAAGCAGUUUACCGUAUAGGUAUUCAUGAGUUCAAUCCUGUUGGAAAAGUUGCAGCUCAACUUCUAGCCAAAGUAUGUGGCGACCCUAAAAUUGACUGCCACGAUGUAUUUUCUGCUCUUGCAGGACCGGACUGUUGCCUCAAUAAAUCAACUACAUGUGCCUUCAUGCUGCAUGCUCCACAGCCUACGUCUAUGAGAAACCUUAUUCACCUGUCGCAGAUGGUCAGGAGCGAAGGGGUCAGAAGGUACGACUAUGGCAACGCCAAGGAAAACAUGAAGCAUUACAAGCAGCCACACCCUCCGCUGUACAACCUCUCAUCCAUUCCGACCCAUGUCCCCAUGCUCCUGACGCAUGGCGGCCAAGACUUCCUCGGCGAUGUCCCUGACACCAGGCACCUCCUGAAGACACUGGUCAGAAACCAUGACUCCGAUAACAUCGAGGUGCAAUACUUGCCCGACUAUGCUCAUGCUGACUUUGUGAUAGCCUAUAAUGCUCCACGCCUCGUAUAUGAACCGAUGGUCGACUUCUUUCAACGUCACUGA